UCUUCACCCUGCGCAUACAUGGAUUUGUCUCACUCCCAGCUGCCUUCUUCUUCUUCGAUUUUCAUCACUACACCUCCCCUCUAACUCAUGCUAGCCUAUGACGUCAACUUGCUACUCUCCAAACAUGUCAAAGUAUGCUUAUCAUUGAACCGCCGUAUAAACGAAGAAUUCUCCAUGGAUCUGUCUCACUCUCUCGCCAUUUACAUAUCUCUUGCUCUCUUCUGCUCGUUUCUCCUUCUCUGGUUCAUAGCUAUUUGCUGGUGUAGAGGGCCAUGUGUAGACUAUAACAGACCAGUGAAGUCAGCGUUUGAGGCACACUUGGAUCCUGCUAUACGUAACUUUGCAAUCAAGAAAAAAUAUGAUCUUUAUUAUGAACGUCUUCUGAAGGGUGUUCACCCUCCUGACCCCUCCCCCCGUGAGCAAGCUAUGAUGGACGACAGCAGCGCCUCAUAUUUUAUACGCACACCGCUGGCCGGUCUUACUGCAGAUGAUAUUCCUCUCAAAGGCAAACAAAAGAAUCAAGAGUCCUCGAAUGCGGAAUCUAUAGACAGUACCAAUGGCUCUCUCACGGAGAUGGACCGUGGUACCCAGGCUCUCCUGAAGACGCGGCCGAUUCCGACCAUAAUGAUCACUAAGGGGUCUAGUUCCGAGAUUGGGAAAGGGAGUACUGAUAUGUCAACGUCCAGUCAGAGGUCGUUGGAGGUUUGAAUGCAGGGAGACCGUCAAUUCGGGUCUGAACACUGGAGACCAUAGAAUUGGGUUUAAAAUGCGUCAGCCAUACAAAGCAGCCAAUUGAUUAACCACCCCUAGAAAAGCUGUGAUGUUUGCUAGGUGCUUUGAGUGUCAGAUGGAGAAACAAAGAGAAUUCAGGAUUCACAAUAGACGAAAAUCAUAUUAGCUUUUUUAGCAUUAUUUGAUGCACUCUUUGGGGAAAAAUAAAGCAGCAUAAAAAUCAAGAAAAACGUGCUCUUCAUUUGGUUGGAUUUCAUCUCCCUACAUUAAAAAGCUGCAUUUUUAUGACGGCAACAAAAAAUAACAAUCUUUUACAGUACGUAAAGGGUAACUUUUGACUGUAGAAACAAUCUGGAAACGAAAGACUUAUGUUAAAGACAGUUGAGAGGAAAUGCAGGGAUAGUAUAGCUUAGCUAGGCCUUACCAAAAGAGAUACAUGAGCUAGGCCUUACCAAAAGAGAUACAUGAGCUAGGCCUUACCAAAUGAGAUACAUGAGCUAGGCCUUACCAAAAGAGAUAUAUGAGCUAGGCCUUACCAAACGAGAUACAUGAGCUAGGCCUUACCAAAAGAGAUAUAUGAGCAAGGCCUUACCAAAAGAGAUACAUGAGCUAGGCCUUACCAAAUGAGAUACAUGAGCUAGGCCUUACCAAAAGAUAUACAUGAGCUAGGCCUUACCAAAAGAGAUAUAUGAGCUAGGCAUUACCAAAAGAGAUACAUGAGCUAGGCCUUACCAAAUGAGAUACAUGAGCUAGGCCUUACCAAAAGAGAUGUAUGAGCUAGGCCUUACCAAGAGAGAUACAUGAGAUAGGCCUUACCAAAAGAGAUAUAUGAGAUAGGCCUUACCAAAGAGAUACAUAAGUUAGGCCUUACCAAAAGAGAUAUAUGAGCUAGGUCUUACCAAAAGAGAUAUAUAUGAGUUAGGCCUUACCAAAAGAGAUACAUGAGCUAGGUCUUACCAAAAGAGAUAUAUGAGCUAGGCCUUACCAAAAGAGAUACAUGAGCUCAAAAGAGAUACAUAAGCUAGGCCUUACCAAAAGAGAUACAUGAGAUAGGCCUUACUAAAAGAGAUACAUGAGCUAGGCCUUACCAAAUGAGAUAACAUGAGCUACAAUCCUCAACAAAAGUAAGUGGGACACUUCCCAUACGAACAACCGCCAACCCUCUCCCCCCGAUUAAUAUUGGUUAGAGGCGAUUUUUCAGCUCAGAACACAAACAGUAGCAAGGUGAUCAUUUGCCCUCCAACAUUGAGCAAGGGGGAGGGAAAGUGUCCCAUUAGUUUUGUUACAGAUUGUAGGUCUUACUAAAAGAGAUAUAUGAGCCUUAGUUUUGACAAUAUAAUAAUAAAGGAGAAAUAACUAA